AUGGCUAUUUCUGAAGAGACUGUAUUCAAAACUGCACUCAAAAUGACGGUGUCGAAACUCAAGUUUAAAGCCGAUAAAAUGCGAACGCUCAAUAGGCUUUCGCUGAGUUCGAUAUCUAAAGAAUUGAACGACUUGGCUUCAGAACAAGGUUCCAAAUUCGAUAGGGAACUUACUAUGAACAAGAUAAGAAUAUCCAAGCUUGUUACAGACGACAAUACUGCGGAUGUCUACGAGAUCUUGAUGGUGGACUGUGAGUUGUUACUCUCAAGGUUAAACAGACUACUCUCUAUCAAGCAUGAUCGUAAGACAGGCGAGAUAGAAGCUGGAGCUGAUGAAACAGUGAUAAAAUUAGCUAAGAAAAUGAUCUUCGCUUCUAGUUACAUUAGCAUUAAGGAGUUUAGAAAGCUAGCUACAUUGUUGGCAAAUAAGUUUGGCAGGCCAUUCUACGAGCAGGCAUUGAUAGAUGAUUCAGAAGAUGACUUUGUGAAAAAGUGUAAGGGAGAGAACGUGGAUGAGUUGACAGAGAUGUAUUUAAAGGAGUUCUGUGAGACAUAUAGGAUAGAUUUGUAUGGUGAGGGAAAAUACGAGGUAGAGAAAGGUGAAGGAGAAGCCUCCACUGAUGCCUCAACUGAUGCCUCCGCUGAUGCUGGUGCGAAGACUGAAACUGGAACAGAGGCUGGAACAGAGGCUGCUCCUGCUUCUAGCGACAAUGCAAAAGAAGAUCAUAAAAGCCAGACACCGUUGAACGAUAUGGACGAUCUAAAAAAGAGAUUUAGUGCCUUAAAAAGAUUAUAG